AUGACUGACCCCGACGAAGCCAGUGGCAGCGCGGAGGCGGAAGCUGCCACGACGCCGGUCGCUGCGCAGCCCGAGGCUGGUGCAGCCCGACAGCGGGGCGAGCUGCAGACACACCCGAUCUCCCAGGGCACAGACUACUCGCCUUACAGCAAUCCAUUUGGCAACCGCCCGUCCUACAGGACGUCAGCUGGCGUCGCUGCCUCCAUGUCGUCCCCCUCGGACCUGCCCACCCCAGAGGGCGCGCCCGCAACACCGCUCCCUUUGCCGCACCGGGGCGGCCCGGAAGCCGACGCCACCGGCGCGUCACCGGUCGCGUCUGACAACGGAUCCAACGUGAUUACGCCCGGCUCCAGCGCCGCCGGCCCUCUGUCCCCAGGCGAGAUCUGGGGCGUAAGCAGCCCCGACGCCGCCGACACCGCGGGCAGCACCACCAAGCCGCGCGCGGCCGCCGCGCCUCGCGGCGGCGGCGGCGGCGACGCUGGCGCCGGCGCCGGCAACGGCGGCGGGCGGAAACGCCCGGAGGCGCUCGCGGUCGGCGGCAGCCCCUCAGCAGACUGCAGCCCCGCCAAGCGCGCCGCCGGGACCGCAGGGGCUGGCCCGACGUCCCCGUCAGACGCCGGCCUUGAGUCCCCGAGCGAGGCCGGUGCGCGGCCGCGUGGCGGCGGCGGCGGCAGCAGCAGCGGGGGCACCGCAUCCGCCGCCGCCGCCGCCGCCGCCGCGCGCGACCGCGCCGCGACCAGCCCGGCCGAGCUGCUGCGGAAAAUGAAGAGCAAAAUGAUGGCCAGCCGCGCGCUCGGCGAGCGGGGGUCCCCGACAUCCCCUGCAU